AGAAGAAGAAGUAAAAGAAGAGACCACCGGAAGUGUCAGCCGUUGGAGUCUACUACAACGUCAGGUGAUUCCUUUUCGGGUUGAUUAACAAACGCAACUAAAAUAUUUUGGACGUGGUAUUUUUGAUGAGCUUCAUGCUUACUUGGUGAAGAAUGUCAGACUUAAAAAGAUGCGAGAAAGAAAUGUUCCACUGAGUUGCUUCUCAGCGCUAGCUACUUAGCUAAGCUAUCCUCCCCGGUGGAACCUGACAACUAAGCUGAACGGGACACUUUCAGUUUACCUUCAGCUGAGGAAACGGAACCUUGAAGUUAAUGCGGCUCCUUAGACUCAUCUCUGCCUAUCGGAACUUGAACUAACACCAUAAAUGUAGCUUCCUGAACUGAAUCCGACACCUGAAAUGAAUGCAAGACUUUAAAGUGACCCGUAAGCACUCGGGGUGUCGUGUUGACACGCAGACUCGCAUCUGGGCUUCCGUUGUUUGAACAGAAAAUGUGGCUGCAGCAGAGACUGAAGGGGCUACCGGGCUUGUUGUCGAGUAGCUGGGCGCGAAGGGUCCUCAUCGGGACGCUCCUCUUCCUCAUCUUCUACUGGUUCCUGGGGGCAGAGCGCAGGUGGACGUUCCUGGGCGGUUCGGCUGUGCCCGGAGGCGCUGCGGGGGAGUGCCUCCAGAGUGAGAUCCACAAGUGGAAGUCCACAGCGGAUCGGGGAGAGGGGAUCUACAGCACCCCCUCUGAGCCGCUGGACAUGCCUUUCGUGUCGGGAAACGGCCAUAUUCUCAUCGAUGUGGGCGCCAACAAGUUGUGGGUGGCUUCGUCUUCACAGCCGGGCUCAGCGCCGGUUCACCAAACCGAACACUCUCCGAGGGUCAACGUCCGCCUUGCGGGGGGACUGGCCGAGGCUGAAGCUAACUUGCUGGGGUACCGGAAGGGAGCAGUGCUCUCGGUCCGGUGCGCCUCGCCGGCCGCGGUGCAGUCCGCCCGGGACUGCGUGUCCAUCCGAGAGGAGUUCAUCGCCCACCGGAGCCGACCCAACGUGUACCUGCAACGAAUCCACAUCAACAACCCCUCGGAUCGGGUCGCUAACGUGGACAUAUCAGCCGGAAGCCCAGGAUCGAGGAGCAGGUUUUCCUCCAGCGUGGACACGCUCGGCGACAGGGAGGUGGAGCUGUCCUCCGGGACGGUGCAGGUGGAGAACAGCCAGGUCGUGUUGGUGGUGGUGGUCACCAGAAAGCUGAAGAACAGGAUCCAGGUCGCUGCAAAAUCCGAGUACUCGGACAACAUCCUGUCUGUGGUCUGGACCUCAGAGCCCAUCGAGUCCUCGAAGCUGGAGGCGACCUUCAGCAGCCUCAGAGAUGGCGCCAAGAAGGAGAUGGAGGAGCUUCUGAGGGCUGACGUGAAGGAGCUGGUUCAGAAACACCAGCAGGCCUGGAUGGACCUCUUUAGCUCAGGUAUCGAAAUGAGAAAGAUCACGGACUCCCACACGCCGUCCAGUCGCACUGUGAACAACACCCUCUACUACAUCCUGUCCUCCUCCACGGCGCCUCUGCUCGACCAGCGGCCGAGCGCGGAGGAGCGUGCGCGCCUCAUGUCCAGCCUCAACUACGCCGACCACUGCUUCAGCGGCCACGCCACCAUGCACGCCGAGAACCUGUGGCCUGAACGCGUGAGCAACACGGCUCAGAUCCUGCAGCUGAUCACGCUGUGGACCCUCACCCUGCAGAAGAGGGGCUGCAAGGUGCUGGUUGCCGCUGGCGCCCACGGGGCCAUGCAGGGCAUGGUGCUCAGCUUCGGCGGCCUCCAGUUCACAGAGAACCACCUUCAGUUCCAGGCCGACCCGGACGUGCUGCACAACAGCUACGCCCUGCGGGGGAUCCACUACAACCAGGACCUGAUCAACCUGGCCGUGUUGCUGGACAGCGAGGGGAAGCCCUUCCUGCACCUGUCGGUGAGGCAGCAGGAGGCGGCAGUCAAGCUGUACGCCUGCGAGGCCGGCUGCCUCAACGAGCCUGUCGAACUCACCUCCGAGGUCAAAGGCCACACGUUCCCCGUCAUGGUGACCCAGCCCAUCACGCCGCUGCUCUACAUCUCCACCGACCUGCGCCACCUGCAGGACCUGCGCCACACGCUGCACCUCAAGGCCAUCCUGGCUCACGAGGAGCACAUGGCGAACAGAUACCCUGGCCUGCCCUUUCUGUUCUGGUUCAGUGUGGCGUCGCUCAUCACCCUGUUCCACCUCUUCCUGUUUAAACUCAUCUACAACGAGUACUGCGGCCCCGGCGCCAAGCCUUUCUUCAGGAGCAAGGUCUCCAGCAAAAGGGAAGAUGACUGCUGCGACUCCUCGGAGGUCGCUUAAGCGUAGCUUCAGCGCCGGUUUGCUGCUGCUACUGUUGUUGUGGACAUAUUGACAUGGUGGGUGGCUUGUUUGCUGUUCGCUCUGAUUCUAAAACCUCUGACCUCCAAAUCAGAAGUGUUUUUUGGAAAAUAACAUCCAACAUGGCGGAAUAUUGCCCAGGAAACCAAACCCACAGGGCUGGAAUUAGCAAUAGCGCUCAUAAAAAUAAUUUGUUUUACUCUGCAUGAGCACAUGUACUGAAAUUUUGUUUAAAAAAAAAAUCGUAAGUUAAAAGUUAGAACUGUAUAUGAAACCGGUCUUUUGUAGAAGAGUCUCUAGAUUAAACCUUUAAAAAAAAAUAGAUGCUUACCAUUUCCAGGUUCAUCUGAACCAGUCCUGAUUGGUUCAGACAUGGUGGUGUGAGCCAACCUGGUCAAACAGGAAGAGCUGAAUAUAAGCCAGGUGAUCCAGGUGGAAAGCRGCAGUUUCGGCCUUCUGUUUACCUUUCAUCCAUUUCAUUAGAACCUGUAAAAUCACUGCAKCAUGCAAAGGUUUCCAUCCACCAUUUACUUCUUUAAACCUGGCUUCAGUGUGAUAAGCAGGCAUGUUUUCUAAUGGCGUGCAGUAAAAAAUAUUUAAAAACCAAGUUAUUUUUCUGGUUUUAAUAUAACAAAAAAAAAAAAAAAAAAUCAGAAUAAAUAGUUUGAUGCUGGUGGUAACAAAGUGCCUAACUAURAUUUUAAAUUAAUUUUUUGUCAAGUUGGUACAUGUUGAUUAUCGUUUUUUUUCUGUGUAAAACACUAAAGACACGACAAAGGACUGUUAAUCAGAGGUAGGGACGGCUGGACCAGGCAUGUCUGUAUGGAGGAUUAAAAAGGACAAAAUUAAGUCGUUAAAUUCACCAUAAAAUAAAUACUUAAUCAGAUGUUUAAAUAAAUAUGCCAUUAAAUAAUUUAAAUACACACUUGAGAUAGUUAAUCAAAUGUAUGUUUGUGUAUUUCACGGUUCCUAUUUCUGAAGCAUAACAGUGAAACAAUCGCCUAUCGAUCAAGAGGCAGGGCUAACACCGAUUUAUUUAACUCCACUAGUGUGAUUUGAUGUUCGGCAUUCGACCAAUUCUUUGACUUUACCCACCACAUAGUCUGGAUGCUAAUUAUAUAAUCUCUCCAUCUCGCAGAAAAGCUCCUGAAAAUUCUCCGUUAGAAAGGCUGCCAUGAUUUUCAAAGAAUCAGGCUAGUGGAGUACAAGUUGCCCCCUCUGAUUUUGAUGUGCGAGUUUAACUGAUUAAAAUUAUUUAAUUAAUUAUCUCCAUUGACUGUUAUAAGUUUGACCUUUUUUUUCCCGUCCAUAUGUAUGAGGGGACUAUGGGCUGAUUAGACAGCAGAAGCAUAAAUUUGUGAAAAUUGUUCUGAAACAUUUGGGCCCCACUUGGGGUCUGCUGGUCAGAUAUUUAUUCACUGCCAGUCCCAGUGUUGGUCUUUAGAACUAAAAUCUUCUGCAGAGGAGGGUCUGGGUUUUUCUUUAGAGCUUUAACARUUUAACCAUUCGAUGCUUUGCUAAUUGUUCACAGGGAAACUGAACAGUUCAGCUAAUGAAGCAUUCACAUGGUGACUUGUGAUAAAUGAAAUAAACAGUGUUAAUGUCGGUCUGCAUUGGGGUCAUUGCAAACAUUGACCCCAGUAAAGGAGUCGUCUAUCCACCUACUAGGAAGUUUCUUAUUUCCAUCUCGAUAAAGUGUUUUUUUUUUAUUAGCUUUGAGUCAAAGUUUGUAGUUCUGCCUUUGAAACAACAUAGUUGUAGAUUUGUCCACCUUAUGACCACUUUUUCCUCCAAUAUAUAAUCCAAUCUGCCACUGCCAGUACGUCUGAACACAUCUUUACAAUAUGAUUUGUCCAGAGAGGGAAAAAGURAAAAUCUGGCUCUGAGGGAAAAUCUAAAGAACUGGGACUGUGGUGAGUUCUAGACGAAUUGUGGCCGUAGUUCUGUGACUGAACUGAAACAUGGCAUGUAGCGACAGCUUCAAGCAUGACUCUGUGACGAAGAGUCCCAGGCAGACUGUUAGUGGGUGAACACGACUCCUUCCUUUGGUUGACUGGCAGCCACUGUUUAGCUUCUCAUGCUAAUGAAGUCCAUCCUCUGAUGGCUCGUAUUUAGUCUUUUUCAUCAGUUUUUUUUUUUUUUAACCUGAAGCAUGUAACCUUUCUCCAGUUCACCAUCUUUACUUCUCAUUUUCAAYAUUUCUCAUAACAUCUAACCAACAUCAGCUUUAACAAGUCAUAUUCUGCCUGGUUUUUCAAGCUUUACUUGAGCUCUGGAGGUUUCUCUGAAAGUCUCACUCAGGUUUCCUGACCCCUAGUCUGGAUUUAAGCCCCAACAUCAGACUCGCUUAGGAACUGGACCGUGAUGGACAGCUUCCCCACUGUAUUCGGGAAAUGGAUUAUUCUGGGAAUGCAGGGUGCAUUGAAUCUUCUUUGGGCUUUUCCCCCCUUCCAGACAGAACAUUAAAACUGAUUCCUCUGUUCACACAUGUAAAUUCCACUUGGCUUCACUCUGAUUUUUUAGGUCUUUCUCCCUCUGUUUUCACUUGCCAGGUGAUUUAUUUUUGUUCCAUUUCUCUUUAUGUUUUUUUUUUUUAUUAUUUCUUCUUUAAUGUGAACUACUGAAUAUGUCUGAAUGAAGAAAUAAGUUAAUUUAUUGAACAUUUGCAAUAAUCCCAAUGCUUUGUACUUGAAGUCUUUGUGCUUAAAAGUUUGAUUUGGGUUUAUUUUGGGGAGAAUAAAUCACUUAUAAAAAUGUGG